AUGUCUUGUCACCAUGAACAUAAUCACGGCCACCAUCAUGGCGACAAUCACGAUGAGGCUGACCACAUCCUUCCAAUUCCAACCAAUGCGUCGCAAAGUCUUCGAAACCAAAUCGAUUUCCAAAAACUUACUGCAUUGAAUAUUGAACAGCAAAAUAGUGACAUCUAUAAGAUCUUUGAUAAAUAUGACGAUUCUAAAUACCAAAUCAAAGAUUUUAUAAGCAGUGACACCGACGAGCAAAUAAUAUUGAACAUCCCUUUCUUGGAUAGCAGCGUGAAAUUGUUUUCAAUAAUCUUGAAGACCAGCGGUGGGGAUCAAUGUCCGCAAACCAUUAAGCUAUUUAAGAACAAGAAUAACAUUGAUUUUGAUAAUGCCGAAGAUAUGAAAGCUGAUUUCACUUUGAACCAUCCCCAGGUCGGUUUUGAGGGAGAUAGCAAUGUUCAGGAGCAAGAUAUUAACGAUGAUAACUUUGUGGAACACUUUUUGCCCCGUCACGUAUUUACAAACACUACUCAGUUAACGUUCUUUAUUAGGGAUGUCUAUGACGAAGAUGAAGAUCAAAGUAAAAUAUAUUAUAUCGAACUAAGGGGGGAGUUCAAGAAAUUGACCAAGGACCCGGUGAUCACAAUGUACGAAGCAGCUGCCAAUCCAGCUGAUCAUAAGAACACUACCGCAAGUCUCGAAAGAAACCAACACUCUAUCCAGUGA